GUAAAUAGUUUUAUUUAUACUGGCCUUCUGGUCUUAGCCAGAAUUACUGUAAGUGAUAUAAAAAAAAAUACGUUUGAAAAAAAAUACGGAGGUCUAGACAUUUCCCUAAUUUGGCUGAGAAUAUUGUCAUGUCCUUACCCAAUCAUCAAAAUAACAUCAAACAACUGAAAGAACAAGGAUACGAAAUUGUUGGUUAUGCGAGGAAGUCACCUGGGGAUCAACGAAACCGAUUAGCAAAUUUGACAGCCAUGGUGAAUAGACUGAAGGAACGAUCUUUAGUAGAUAAAUGCUUUGUAUCCAGAGUUUGCAAUGCUUCUGACAAGCUAGGAGAACGAGACUUGCGUGACACAUCAAGUUCAAGCAUAGAAGGAACCCAAGGAAACACCCAAGACAUGAUCGGUUACAUUGCUUCUAGCAAUAUUUUCAGAAGAGUGUAAGCUUCGAUAGCUCUGCCAAUUACUGAAAAAAUAACAUUCUCGAAAGCUUGCUUUUAGUUUUUAUCGAUU